CCACGUCACUCGCUCUGUCUGUCUUGGGUGGGCUAGAUCACAUGUAGCUGUAGAGGGUGUCUCGUGUGUAGCCCAUAUUGGCGAGCAUCGGCUUGAGCGCCCGGCACAUGGGCGGCGGGCCGGCCAGCACCAGCUGCACAUCCUCACUCGGCGACCACAGAUGGGACGACACAAUCUGAUAACACACGAGAGGAAAGACACAGACACACACAAGGGUGUGUUGAUGGAUUGAUUUCUUGUGUGUGUCUGUGUGUAUGGUUUGGCUCACGUCGCUCGUGACGAAGCCCACAUGCCCCGUCCACUUGUCUGGUGGCCGCUCGAGCACAUACACUACCUGACACACACAGACAGACAGAUAAAGGAAAGGACACACAGGUGGCUAUGGCUGUGGUCUGCCGCCUGUGUGUCCAUUGCCGGCCCACCUUGAUGUUCGAGUGUCUUUGUGUGAUGGCGUCGAGGUCGGAGCGGUUGACCAGCUCGCUCUCGGUGGCUGCCGCAUAGAUCAGCCGGACCUGACGGCACACGAACACACACAAGGAGAGAGACAGAGAGAGAUGCAGCUGGACAGGGAGAAAGACGUGUGUGGGCUGUUUACUUCGAUGUCAGUGCGUCCCCAGAAGAUGACUUCGUCGAUGAUCUGCAGCAUGGGGGAGAUGCCCGUGCCGCCGCCAAUCAGACCCCAGCGCAGCUUGCCAGACUGACAAAUGACGACCAACACACAUCACAUACACAGGGAGACACACGUGGAUGAUGCGUUGAUAUGGGUCUGUUUCUCCCUCUCUCCCUCCCUCUCUCCCUCCCUCUCUCUCUGUGACGGCAGGUACCCAUUCGUCAGUGUGUGGGGGUGGUGUGGUGUGCGGCAUGAAGUGGAAUGAGGGGCCGCCCGCCGCACGGAAACCCAAAUGCGUCCCAAUGCCUACAGACAACGAGUCGAGGCCGCACGUGUGGGCGAAUGCCGUGUGUGUGGUGUGUGUGGUGCGCUCUUACUCAUGUGGUCGAGGUGGUGUGUGAAUGACCGUGGGUCGGGAUUGACCUUGAGCAGAAUGUCAAGCGCACCAAACACCAGCGGACGGCUGCACACACACACCACACAGCCACACACACACACAUCGACCUCUGUCUAACGACCAUCCUUCGCAAGUGUGUGUCCACCUGAGGACAGAGAAUGGUUUCUCAGCCGAGUGGUUUGAGCUCGGUGGCGGGCCGAGGUGCGGCUCGCUGUCGAUGGCGACGUACUGACCCACAGACAGCCCCGUCGACUUGACACACAGACACACAGACACACAGAAAGAUCGUCCAGCCAUGCGUCGGCAUGUCUGCUCAUGUGUCACGUGUACCUGUCGCUCGCUGGGCAGGUCGAACCUGAAGAUCUUCAGGCCGUUGCUGUUCACAUCACGCACCUCACGCAGCCGCAACUGUGCGUAAGAGCCAUGCUGGAAGGGCAGCGCCCCCUCGUAAGGCGGAAUCAGUGCCGUGUUGGCUGCGCGACGACCCGCCAAGCGCCCAAACACCAGACACUCCAGCAAACCGUUACCUGCCACCACAACCGAAUGCACAGAGCGGAGUGUGUGUGUGUGUGUGUGUUGCUCACCGGCCAGCCUGUUUGCGCCAUGAACGCCGCCGACGAUCUCGCCAGCGGCGAAAAGGCCGGGUAUGGGCUGCAGGGAUGUGCCUGAUGCUGUGGAUGUGUCGGGCAGUGAGCGCAGCACUGAGGUGGAGGGGGAGAUACGCAGCUGAGAGACCAAAACACGACGAGAGACAAAGAUGGUGUGUGGGGAGUGGGGAGGCUCUCUCUCUCUCUCUCUCUGUUUGUGUGUGUGCGGUGACGUACCCCGCCCAUUGUGUAAUGGACACAUGGCGUGACGAAGGCCACGUAGAAGUGGUCAUUCGCUGCACAACCACUCACACAACACAAGACACCGCCAUCACCCUCCUCCAUCGUCGUGAAAGCACCCACUCCUCCCUCACUCCGUACCGUCGAACACCCCGGCUCUCUCAUGCCCCUCCAGCACUCUCCUCAGCUUGGCCCCCUCCCUCUGUCUCCCCGACCCAUUGCCAAUGAAGGCCGCCAGUGCGUCCACACCCACGCCCAGGUCGUGGAUGAACCCCUUGCUGACGUAAAAAUCAAACGACGCCCGCCCGAAGUCGUCGGCGAUCUUCUCGUUCAUCAGCAUGAUGGCCGCCUUGGGAUUGCUGCUGGUGGUGGUGGAUGUUGUUGUGUUUCGGAGGGAGGGAGGGGGGGCGAAGGGGGGGCAUGUGCGAAAAAUGGCCUGGCGCAAGACAGAGAGACACACAAACACACAAGAGAGAGAUCUCCCACACACGCACACGAAUGGAAGACAAGCGCGCACCUCGGUGACGACGUCGCGUCUCUCGAGCUCGUUGACGAAUCUCUCCCCGGUCUUGGGGUUGAGCAGCAUCGCCCCCAGGCCGCGCAGCAGCUCGGGCGCCAGGAACUUCUGAGGCGACGUGGGCGACGACGGGUGGAGGAACCCGGUAGGGUGCACCUGACACACACACACCGCAGCCACAGAGCACCACAUGGUGGAUGUGUGUGGCGGGGGGGGAGCAACAUACACACCUACCUGGACUUUGUCCAUAUCGAUGAGGGAUGCCCCCAGGCUGCGGGCCAUCUUGAUGCCGUCGCCCGUGGCGAAGGUGCCGCUGGUGGCCGGCAGACCGACCGACGAGGGGGAAAACUCUGACAGCAACGACCUGAGACACACACACACACACACGGGGAAUCUCUCUGUAUGUGGAUCUCUCUCUUUCCCCCUGUGUCUUUGAGUGACUGACCCCUGUCCAUGGUCGUUAGCGUAUCCGCCCGUGGCGAGCACCACGCUGCUGACACGCACCUCACUCUCAACGCCGUCAAAGGUGUACCGCACGCCACUGAUCACAUCCUGCGUCGGCACUGAAGCUGAGAUUCACAGAGAGGUAGAGAGAGAGAGAUGGUGACGACACGCGCAUCUCGUUGUGCGUGUGUGGGCUUUUUACUUGGUGCAUCGUUGAGCAGCGCCACUGUCUGCGUGAGAAUGUCUGUCACUCUCGCGCCCGUCAUGAUGCGCACGUUGGCGGAGAGAUCGUUGGUCAGAAUGGACCGAAGCUGGGUCACUAUCGUGAGGCCUGACGGACAGACAGAGAAGCCACGGAUCAGUGUGCCAACAAAAACACCUUAGAUAAGGUUGUGUGUGGUUGUGCGGUGUACCUACCGAUGGGCAUGGGUUUGCCGCCCUUGUCUGCCUUGAUUCGGUGUGUGCGUGGUGUGGUGUGGCCGCCCAGCUGCUCCACAUCGUUGAGGGGAACGUUGUGCGACAUCAGGAAAUCUAUCGCUGACGAACUGGACCAAUCCAAUCACACACACACACACACAGAGAGAGAGAGAGAGAGGUGUGCCAAUGAUUGCGUGUGUGUGAGUACCUGUAGCUGACGAGCGUCUUGACCAGUGCCAUGUCGGCCUUGUGGUCGCCCGCGUUGACAAUGUCGCUCUCAAAGUGGGCCAGACUGUCACUCACACCCUGACGCACCUGCACCCAUCACACACAUCAUCCAUCCAUCCAUCCAACAGCACAGGGCACACAGAAUGAAUGAGUUUUUCGGCGUACCUGUACGUUCGUCCCGGCCCCGUUGAUGCCCGAUGUGGCCUUAGCAGAGUUGCCGCCCACCCUCUCCUUCUCCAUCAGCCACACUACCGCACCGCCACUCGCCGCGUCAAUCGCUGAACACACACACACGCACCCUCAUGCGCCACACGCAGGCGCGCUGAUAGAGACGCGCACACUGACCUGCGGACAGUCCUGCCAGCCCGCUGCCGACCACCACCACAUCCGGGCGGCCAACCGCAUCAGCUGUCGUCGCAUUGACAGCAGCAGGGGCACUCUCCAGCCUUUGCUUGGACCGCAGCCGGAGGCAUGAGACCUCCCGGACAUGGCUCACACACAGCAGCAGGGCGCACAGCAGCAGUGAGACGCUGCUGCUGCUGCUGGGGUUGAUGCGCAUGGCUGCAGGAGAUGGUCAGUGAGUUGGGAUCGUUGAAGUAAGUGGCUGGCACUGGCUGCCUUGAGAGCGAUGCAGAGCGUAUGGGCGGCCGGGGCACUGCUGAGACUCGCCGCCGUCGACACCAAGCGCAACCUCCUCCUCGCGCAGAUCUG